AUGUUUUCACUGAGGUUCUUGGAAAUGUUGGUUCUGGUAAUCCUCCUCUGGAGCUUCCACACAGAGGCUAAACCACUGAGAAAGAGGACUAUCAGUGAGGUGCAGCUUAUGCACAAUGUUCGAGAACACAAACAAGUAGGAGAAAGGCAAGACUGGCUCCAGGAAAAGUUGAAGGGAAUUAUUGUGGCCAGUUCUAAACCACUACAUGGAAAAAUAAUGAACGGUGAAAGAUCCAGACCGGGCUACCCCCUGUCCGGGUGA